AUGGACUCUACUCUGGUUGAGGUCUGGCAAGCCGCGCAAGGCAGCCCGUUCUUUCCUGCCGUCGGCAAGGAUAGCCAGUUCCUCAUCGCCAUCGUUCUUCUGCUUACCGGACUUGUGGGGUUCGGAACCUUUACGUUGAAGCGGUCCUUUGCCAACAUUCCCAUUCUCGGAGUCCCGUCAUCUCUUGCGAUCGCCACUAAAGCUCCUCGCUACAUUCGUGGAAUCGGCACCCGUGACCUUACCUUCCUCUCUACACCCCCGACGACUUUCACAAUGUCAACUCCACGCCUUCCAACCCGGCCGAUUCUUCGGGCAAUUACAAGCUCUACGCGGCCUCUCUAUCAAAUUCUGCGGUGCAUCAACUUCUCCAACAAAGUUCACGUCGAGAUCUCAGAGGGCGGCAUACGGUUUGCGGCGGACAAUGCCAGAGUCAUGCAGGGCUCUGCCGUGAUAGACAAGUCGCUUUUCAGCUCGUACGUGUUCCAACAGGCAAGCAGUGAUGAGAAUGACGAUGAGGAUGAGGGCCAGCCCCCUCCCCUUCCAUCAUUCCAGAUCAACCUAGGAUUUCUUCUCGAGACACUUCAAAUCUUGGGCUCGAUGGAUGUUGCCAGGAAAUCAGAGCCAGAACGAGGUACUGUCUCGUCAUACAACAGAAGUGGAGCGGCGCCAUUCAGCGACCGGGCUUUGGGGUUGCCGGGGACUUGCACGCUCACAUAUAUGGAAGAGGGCGCACCGCUUAGCAUUACCAUUGAAGAGUCGGGUGUCAAAACCACGGCCAACUUGGUCACUUACCUUCCGGAGAUACCUGAGGAAAUCCCUUUCGACCGUAGCGACCUAGCGUUCAAAAUCAUCAUGCAGCCCCGGUCACUCCUCGACGCUCUAGCGGACCUCGCUACUAUGGCACCAGAGAAGCUUUUGAUUGAUGUGUCGGACUCGUCACCAUUCCUCACACUUUCGACCAAGGGAGGCGACUAUGGGAGUUCUAGCUACGACUUUUCCAAGGGAAGGCAUCUUUUAGAAACGCACGUUGUCCAUGAGCACUGGAUACAGUCUUUCAAGUAUGAUUUUAUCAAGGCAGCCAGCGAGGCUAUGCGUAUUGGCAACAAAGUGAGCUUCCGAGGGGACCGGCAAGGCGUCCUUAGCCUGCAGUUCAUGGUCGAGGUGGAAGGUGCGGGUUCUAGUUUUCUCGACUUCAAGUUUGUGCCAUUCACUGGUUAUGAUGGGGAAGACGAGGAAGACGGCGGCGAGGAUUCGGGCCUAUAUGACUAG